UAGAAUGACCUCAAUCCCAAGAGAGGCCUGAUCACGGAUUGGCUGAGAGUACUGGACCGAGCCCCUUCUAGCCCUCCCUGACACCGCGGACCAUGGAGUCCCACCACACCAGGACAUGGACUUCCUGUCUUACCCUAUGCUGCUUCCUGUUUGCCCUGGCCAUCCCUCUCUUGUUGGCAUCCAGGCCCCUCCCCCAUUCCCCCGACGGCAUCACUAUCAUCACUGCCUCCAUCGAAGCAGCUGAGGAGGAGGACUAUAGCACGUUCAGCACCGAGAACCCUGAGUGGAAGUUCAACCACGUGGCCGUGGACGAACGCAACGGCAACGUGUACCUGGGAGCGGUCAACCGCAUCUACAAACUGUCCCCCGACCUAAACGUGCAGGUGUAUCACGAGACUGGCCCCGACGAGGACAACCGCAAGUGCUACCCGCCACGCAUUGUGCAGCCCUGCAGCGAGCCGCUGUCCCUCACCAACAAUGUCAACAAGAUGCUGCUGAUGGACUACCGGGAGAACCGGCUAUUAGCCUGUGGUAGUCUCUAUCAGGGCAUCUGUAAACUCCUCCGUCUGGACGACCUGUUCAAGCUGGGAGAGCCCUUCCACAAGAAGGAGCACUACCUGUCCGGUGUCAACGAGAGCGGUUCGGUGUUCGGCGUCAUCGUGUCAUACGGGGACUCAUCGCCCGACAAGCUGUUUGUGGCCACGGCAGUGGACGGCAAACCCGAGUAUUUCCCCACCAUCUCCAGCCGCAAGCUGGCGCGCAACUCGGAGGAGGACGGCAUGUUCGCCUACGUCUUCCACGACGAGUUCGUGGCGUCCAUGAUCAAGAUCCCGUCAGACACGUUCACCAUUGUGCCUGACUUCGACAUCUACUACGUCUACGGAUUUGGCUCGGGUAACUUCGUCUACUUCCUCACGCUGCAGCCGGAGAUGGGGAACGGGCCGGCCACCGGCUCCUCCUCCACGGGGCGAGAACAGGUGUACACUUCUAAAAUAGUCCGUCUGUGUAAAGACGACACAGCCUUUAACUCGUAUGUGGAGGUACUGGGCUGUGUGAAGGGCGGCGUGGAGUACCGGCUCCUACAGGCGGCCUACCUCUCCAAGGCGGGUGCCAUAUUGGGGCGCUCGCUAGGUGUGGGGCCCGACGAUGACGUCCUAUUCACCAUCUUCUCCAAGGGCCAGAAGCGGCGGCCACGCGAGGCUUCGCAGGAGUCAGCGCUGUGCGUGUUCGCCCUGCGCGAGAUCAACGAGCGCAUCAAGGAACGACUGCAGUCGUGCUACAAGGGCGAGGGCACCCUGGACCUGGCCUGGCUCAAGGUCAAGGACAUACGCUGCAGCAGCGCUCUCUUAACCAUCGACGACAACUUCUGUGGCCUGGAUAUGAACGCUCCGCUGGGGGUGUCAGAGAUGGUGCAGGGCAUACCUCUCUUCUCUGACUCCACCGACAAGAUGACCUCGGUCAUCGCCUAUGUCUACAAGAACCACUCUCUGGCCUUCGUGGGCACCAAGAGCGGGCGCAUCAAGAAGAUCAGGGUGGAUGGGCCUUCCCACGGUGCAUUGCAGUACGAGGUGAUCCAGGCGGGGCGAGGGCCAAUCCAACGGGACAUGGCCUUCUCCCCCGACCACCACUUCCUAUAUGCCAUGUCAGAGACACAGAUGACGAGGGUACCAGUGGAAGCCUGUGGCCAGUACUCCACCUGCAGCGAGUGUCUGGGCUCAGGAGACCCUCACUGUGGCUGGUGUGUCCUGCACAACAUGUGCACCAGGAAGGAGAACUGCGAGCGCUCGGCCGAGCCCCGGAGGUUCGCCUGGGACAUCAAGCAGUGUGUCCGACUCAGCGUCCACCCCAGCAACAUCUCCGUGUCCCAGUUCAGCGUCACGCUGAUCCUGGAGGCCCAUAACGUCCCAGAGUUGUCUGCAGGGGUCAACUGUACCUUUGAGGACCUGGCUGAGAUGGACGGUCUGGUGGAGGGGAACCGCAUCAGGUGCAGCUCGCCUGCCGAGAAGGAGGUGCCUCGCAUUAUCGUAGACAAAGCUGAUCACCAGAUAGUUCAGCUCUACCUCAAGUCCAAGGAGACAGGCCUGGUCUUCGCCAACACCAGCUUUGUCUUCUACAACUGCAGCGUCCACAAGUCGUGUUUGUCGUGUGUGAGAAGCCCCUACCAGUGCCACUGGUGUAAAUACAGACAUGACUGCACCCACGACCCACGCACCUGCUCCUUCCAGGAGGGACGCGUCAAGAAGCCAGAGGAGUGUCCCCAGCUGCUGCCCACCGAGCGCAUCCUGGUGCCGGUCAACGUGGUGAAGCCCAUCACCCUGCGAGCCAAGAACCUUCCCCAGCCACAGUCAGGACAGCGGGGCUAUGAGUGUCUGCUCACCAUCCAGGGCGUGGAACAGCGGGUGCCCGCGCUCCGCUUCAACAGCAGCUGUGUUCAGUGCCAGAACACCUCGUACUCAUAUGAUGGGAUGGAGAUGAGCAGCCUCCCUGUGGACCUGACGGUCAUCUGGAACGGAGACUUCAGCAUCGACAACCCUGCCGAAAAUAAAGUUCACCUGUACAAGUGUGAUGCCCAGAGGGGUAGCUGUGGCCUGUGUCUGAAGGCAGACCUGUUUGGCUGUGUGUGGUGUAAAGGGGAGAACCGCUGCACCCUCAAGCAGCACUGUCCCCACCCUGAGAGCCAGUGGCUGGAGCGCAAUGGACUCAACAGCAAGUGUACCCACCCACGCAUCACCCAGAUCACUCCGCUGCGGGGGCCUCGGGAAGGGGGCACCCUAGUAACCAUCCGGGGGGAGAACCUGGGCCUGGACUUCAGUGAGAUCCAGGGGAACGUCAGGGUGGCCGAGGUGGACUGCACCCCCGUCCGCGAGGGAUACAUCCCCGCAGAACAGAUAGUGUGUGAGAUGGCGGUGGCGACGCCGAGCCAGUUCGCCAACUACGUGGAGGUGUGUGUGGGGGGUGUGGGGGUCAGAGAGUGUCCAAAAGAGUUCAGGGCCGUAUACUCCAAGUACUACUACUUCGUGGUCACCAGACUGAUCAGCCUGAAGCCCAGCCGAGGGCCCGUCUCCGGGGGAACCAUCGUCAACAUCACCGGUAGCAACCUGGACGCCGGGAGCAACGUGUCCAUCAUGUUCAAGGACCAGAAGUGCACCUAUCACAGGAGGGGCGGCCAGUGGAUCACGUGUCGCUCCCACGCCUCGCUGCACGGAUAUGGAAACGUCAGUGUGUCAGUGACGGUGGACAAGGCCCGCAUCCAGAAAGACUUGAAGUUUGAGUACGUGGAGGACCCCACUAUCAUCAAGCUGGAACCUGAGUGGAGCAUCUUCAGUGGGCACACACCUGUGACCGUGACCGGCACCAACCUGGACAUCAUACAGAGCCCCCUCAUCAGAGCCAAGUACAACGGUCGAGAGACGGUCAACAUAUGCCAGGUGUUCAGCCCCACGUCCAUGCUGUGCCAGGCCCCAGAGCUGCCCAUCAGCCUGGGCAGGCAGAGGGAGGUGCCAGCGCGGCCCGAUGAGUUUGGCUUCAUCCUGGAUGACGUGCAGGCAGUGCUGGCCCUCAACAACACGCCGUUCAUCUACUACCCCAACCCCGAGUUCGAACCCCUCCAUGUGUCUGGGGUGCUGGAGCUCAAGCCUGGCUCCCCCAUUAUACUGAAGGGGCGGAACUUCCUCCCUCCCACCAAUACCAACGGUAAUAACGGCAAGCUGAACUACACGGUUCUGAUUGGUGAUAAACCUUGUCUGUUGACCGUGUCAGACAACCAGCUGCUGUGUGAGUCGCCCAACCUGACAGGGCGACACAAAGUCUUGGCCCGUGUGGGCGGCAUCGAGUUCUCCCCAGGCGUGGUCCACAUCACGUCAGACAGUCCGCUGAGCAGCACGGCCAUCAUCAGCAUCGCCGGCGCCGGUGCCCUGCUCAUCCUCUUCAUUGUGAUAGUGCUCAUUGCAUAUAAACGCAAGUCACGCGAGAGCGACCUCACCCUGAAGAGGCUGCAGAUGCAGAUGGACAACCUAGAGUCUCGUGUGGCCCUGGAGUGUAAAGAGGCCUUUGCCGAGCUGCAGACAGACAUCCAUGAGUUGACCAGUGACCUGGACGGAGUGGGCAUCCCCUUCCUGGACUACAGGACCUACACCAUGAGGGUCCUCUUCCCUGGCAUAGAGGAGCACCCUGUUCUCAGGGACCUGGAGGUGCCGGGCUACAGACAGGAGCAGGUGGAGAAGGGCCUGAAGCUGUUCGGCCAGCUCAUCAACAACAAGGUCUUCCUGCUCUCAUUCAUCCGCACGCUCGAGUCGCAGCGCGGCUUCUCCAUGCGCGACCGCGGCAACGUGGCCUCGCUCAUCAUGACAAUGCUGCAGAGUAAACUGGAGUACGCCACCGAUGUCCUCAAGCACCUGCUCUCUGACCUCAUCGACCGCAACCUGGAGAGCAAGAACCACCCCAAGCUGCUGCUCCGAAGGACGGAGUCUGUGGCAGAGAAAAUGCUGACCAACUGGUUCACCUUCCUGCUAUACAAGUUCCUAAAGGAGUGUGCUGGCGAGCCCCUCUUCUCCCUCUUCUGUGCCAUCAAGCAGCAGAUGGAAAAGGGGCCUAUAGACUCCAUCACUGGAGAGGCGCGCUACUCGCUCAGCGAGGAUAAGCUCAUCAGACAGCAAAUCGACUACAAGAUGCUGGUGGUGAACUGCAUCCACCCGGACAAUGAGAAGAGCCCUGAGAUCCAGGUGAAGGUGUUGAACUGUGACUCCAUCAGCCAGGUGAAGGAAAAGAUCCUGGACGCCAUAUACAAGAACGUUCCCCACUCCCACCGCCAGAAGGCCUCUGACAUGGACCUAGAGUGGCGCCAGGGCAGAGGUCAGCGUACGAUCCUGAUGGACGAAGACCUCUCUACCAAGAUUGAGAGCGACUGGAAGAGACUCAACAUGCUUGCUCACUACCAGGUGCCUGAUAACUCUGUGAUGGCCCUGGUCCCCAAGCAGGUGACGGCCUACAACUCGGUCAACAACUCAACUGUGUCCAGAACCUCAGCCAGUAAAUACGAGAACAUGAUCAAGUACACGGGGAGCCCCGACAGCCUGCGCUCGCGCACGCCCAUGAUCACGCCCGACCUGGAGAGCGGGGUCAAGGUGUGGCACCUGGUAAAGAACCAUGAACACGGAGACCAGAAGGAGGGAGACCGCGGCUCCAAGAUGGUCUCUGAGAUAUACCUGACCAGGCUGCUGGCCACUAAGGGCACUUUACAGAAGUUUGUGGACGACCUGUUUGAGACCAUCUUCAGCACGGCCCACCGAGGCAGCGCCCUGCCCCUGGCCAUCAAGUACAUGUUUGACUUCCUGGAUGAGCAGGCUGACAAGCACAGCAUCCAUGACCCGCAUGUCAGACACACAUGGAAAAGCAACUGCCUACCUCUGAGGUUCUGGGUGAACGUGAUCAAGAACCCCCAGUUUGUGUUCGACAUCCACAAGAGCAGCAUCACGGACGCCUGUCUGUCUGUGGUGGCCCAGACCUUCAUGGACUCCUGCUCUACCUCAGAACACCGCCUGGGCAAGGACUCCCCCUCCAACAAGCUGCUCUAUGCCAAGGACAUCCCCAGUUACAAGAGCUGGGUGGAGAGGUACUACUCAGACAUCAGUAAGAUGCCGGCCAUCAGUGACCAGGACAUGAAUGCGUACCUGGCAGAGCAGUCCCGGAUGCACAUUAACGAGUUCAACAGCAUGAGCUCCCUCAGUGAGAUCUACUCCUACGUGGGCAAAUACACAGAGGAGAUUGUGUGCGCGCUGGAGCAGGACGACGCCGCCAGGAAACAGAGACUUUCCUUCAAGCUGGAGCAGGUGGUGGCCUUCAUGAGCCUGGAGAGCUGAGGACCGCACUUCCCAGGGCGCACUGGGAGACCCGUCAGAAACCGAGCCGUGCCUGAGCAAAGACCUGUCCAUCUAUCUUCUCACCAUCGUCAUCAGCAUCAGAACUCCUCUCCGUUUCAAAGACAACACAUAUUGUCCUGUUUUCUUCCUCCUCUUCCUCUUCCUCCUCUUCCUGACAAGUGUUUGGCAUCUCAUCUGCUCAGCUUCAUAGAGCAGAGAAGACUGGCUGACGGACUGACUGAAGGGUCGGCAGAGCUUGGGACUGCUUUUCCCACCAUGCAAUGGGAGGGCCUCAUCCCAGCGUUGCUGCGUAGAAGAGUCUGAUAGAGGCGUGGUUGUUUGCCAGCUCGCCGUAUCGGCAUCAUUUACACCGUAAUGUUGGGGGAGAAACAAACAUUCUAUUUAUGUUGCCUUUAAAAAUAACACUGAUGACAAAGUCUUUUGCCACCACAAUGUUGGGAGUCAAUUUGUUCAGACUUUCUGAACAGGAUAUUAGUCUAUGAAACUACUACAGAGUCCCGAUAAUUGUAGUGCUAUAGUCAACAUCACAUCAAACGUGGAAAAACAAAGUGGUAUUAUAUAAAUGAGGAAACCAAAAUGACCACCUCGGAAGACAAAAAACGGAAGGUUUGCCUGGUUCACACUUCUUAAGAUUGGGAAAUAGGCAAACUACAGAAUUGUUUUCUCAAUGUAGCUUUGCGGUGCGUUUAAAGAAACUCUGAUAGGGGCUGGGGAGAGUUAGUGCUUCUUGAAUGUUCCUUUUUUUCCGAAAACCUGACUGACUUUGAAAUCCAGAGAAGGACAGAUUCCCCUUUGUGGCAUCGGCAUGAGUCUGCUCCCACCCACCCCUCCAAGUACCUCUAUAGAUAAAACAAUCCUCAUCUUCUGAAUCCAUGGCUUGUGUGGUACCUGCUCAAUUAUCCUGACUAUUAUAAGACUAAUUAGUGGAGGACAGACCCAGGUCUGUCUGGUCCUCCUCUGUGACGAGAAGCACACAUCCAACUCUUGACCACAGUGACCCGACAGCUCUGACACCUGGAACGGUCAGUCUGUCCCGUGUGUGCUGCUAACAGAUGGAGGUCACUCGCCGGUCUAUCAAAGCACACACACAAACAGAUACACCCGGCAGCUGUCCAAGGCCUGUUCUGAGGGGAAGUCUACUGCUGAUUCACCCUCUGAUCACACUGUCUGAAUACUAGGGGAGCUGACUGACAUCUACUGAGAGGAGGAGAGGGACGCUUCACUAGAGCAGUCUUACCAUGGACCCAGGCUUUCCACAUGACAGAGACGGUGCGGUACUGCUUAAAUGGGAUCUGCUCUGCUGAGAGAGAGACCUUCUGUAAAGACUUGGG